AUGGCGGACACUACCAAGGCCAUGGAGGGUCUUGCUAUUUCCAAGACCAAAGAGCUGAAAGGCACUGAGAAGAGAGAUUCGUUAAUUGCCAUCGAGAAGAAGUACCAGAAGAAAUGGGCCGAAGAUGGCGUCUUCCACACCGAUGCGCCGACCAUUGAGGAGAUUCCCCUCCACUCCAUUUCCGCGAGCGAGCUGCGAGAGAAACACCCAAAGUUCUUCGGCACGUCGGCCUACCCGUACAUGAACGGCACCAUGCAUGCCGGCCACGGCCUGACCGUCUCCAAGGUCGAGUUCUCCGCCGGCGUCGCUCGCAUGCAGGGCAAGCGUGCCCUCUUCCCCAUGGGCUUCCACUGCACUGGCAUGCCCAUCAAGGCGUGCGCCGACAAGCUCGUCAAGGAGAUUGAAAUGUUUGGCAGCGACUUCUCCCGUUACAACCCCGACGAGGAGGUGGUCGAGGAGGCCCCCAAGCCCGCCGCUAAGCAGGUCAAAGAAGACCCUACCAAGUUCAAGGCCACCAAGGGCAAGGCCAACGCCAAGACCAUCAAGGCCAAGUACCAGUUCCAGAUCAUGCGGUCCAUUGGCGUGCCGCUCGACGAGAUCCACAAGUUUGCCGAUUCGCAUCACUGGCUCCAGUACUUCCCGCCCCUCACGAUCCGCGAUUUGACCGAAUUCGGCUGCCGCAUCGACUGGCGCCGGACGUUUGUCACCACCGACGCCAACCCCUACUACGACGCGUUCGUCCGCUGGCAGAUGAACCGCCUCCGCGAGCUUAAGAAGAUCAAGUUUGGCAAGCGCUACACCAUCUACUCCAUCAAGGACCGCCAACCCUGCAUGGACCACGACCGUGCCGAGGGCGAGGCCGUCAAUCCUCAAGAAUAUACCGCCCUGAAGCUCAAGGUCCUGCAGUGGUCCGACAAAGCUGCCGAAAAGAUCAAGGCCGGCCUGCCCGCCAACGCCAACGUCUUCCUCGUGCCUGCGACCCUGCGACCCGAGACCAUGUACGGCCAGACGUGCUGCUUCGUCGGACCCAAGAUUGAGUAUGGCAUCUUCAAGGUCAACGAGACCGACUACUACCUGAUCACCGAGCGCGCCGCCCGCAACAUGGCGUACCAAGGUGUCUUUGCUCAGGAGGGUGUCAUUGAGAAGGCUAUGGACAUUGUUGGUGCCGAUGUUGUCGGUUCCCUUGUCGAUGCUCCCCUCUCUCUUCACAAGGAAGGCGUCCGCGUCCUGCCCAUGGACACUGUCCUCCCUACCAAGGGUACCGGUGUUGUCACCUCGGUCCCCUCCGACAGCCCCGACGACUUUGCCACCGUCACGGACUUGGCCAAGAAGGCCGAGUACUACGGCAUCCAGAAGGAGUGGGCCGAGCUCGAGAUCUUCCCCAUCAUCGAGACCCCCUCGUACGGCGACCUCUGCGCGCCGUUCCUAGUCAAGAAGCUCAAGAUUGCUUCCCCCAAAGACACCAAGCAGCUGGAGGAGGCCAAGGAACUCGCGUACAAGGAAGGUUUCUACCAGGGAAUCAUCAAGGUUGGCGCGUACAAGGGCGAAAAGGUCGAAAUCGCCAAGCCCAAGGUUCGUGCGGACAUGAUUGCUGCUGGUCAAGCUUUUGCCUACUCUGAGCCCGAGCGCAAGGUUGUCUCCCGAUCUGGCGACGACUGCAUCGUCUCCCUCAUGGACCAGUGGUACCUUGAUUACGGUGAGGCGGGGUGGAAGAAGAUUGCUCUGGAGUGGGUUGACAAUGGCCUGGAUUCCUUCUCGGCCGAUACCAAGAACGCGCUCGAGGGUGUCCUCGACUGGCUCAAUCAGUGGGCUUGUGCUCGUUCGUUUGGUCUCGGCACUAAGCUGCCGUGGGACCCUCAGUUCAUCGUUGAGAGUUUGAGCGAUUCGACCAUUUACAUGUCGUACUACACCGUUGCCCACUUCUUGCACAGCGAUCUUUUUGGUACCAAACCUGGCAAAUUCAGCAUUGCUGCGGACCAGAUGACGGAUGAUGUCUGGGACUACAUCUUCUGCCGCCGUGACUUUGACGAGUCUGUCCUGAAGGAAUCUAAGAUUUCGCGCGAGAACCUCGAGAGCAUGCGCCGCGAGUUUGAAUACUUCUACCCUCUCGACAUGCGUGUCUCUGGCAAGGAUCUCCUGCCUAACCACUUGACAUUCUUCCUCUACAUCCACUUGGCCAUGUUCCCUCAAGAGUACUGGCCCCGUGGCAUCCGUGUCAACGGCCACUUGACUCUCAAUGGUGAAAAGAUGUCCAAGAGUACCGGCAACUUCCUUUCUCUUCAAGAGCUCGUUGCCAAGUAUGGCAGUGACGCUUCGCGUAUUGCCAUGGCCGACGCCGGUGACGGCAUUGGUGACUGCAACUUGGAGGAAGAUGUCGCUGACAACAACAUUCUACGUCUCUACAACCUCCGUGAGUGGUGCGAGGAGAUGAGCAGCCCCGAGGCUGGCCUUCGCGAGGGCGCCGUCAACGACUUCCAGGAUGCUCUAUUCAUCAACGAUAUGAACGCUCUGGCACGCGAGUCGAUUGAGCAGUACAAGGAGACCAACUUUAAGCUUGCGCUCAAGGCUGGUCUGUACGAGCUGAUUACGGCCAGAGAUUUCUACCGUGAGGCGUGUGCAGCGGCUAAUAUCAAGAUGCACAAGGAGACGGUGCUACGGUACAUUGAGGUGCAGGCCCUCCUUCUCACCGUGGUAGCACCUCACUGGGCCGAGUACAUCUGGCUCGAGGUCCUCAAGAAGGACAAGUCAGUCCAGCACGCGACGUUCCCCGAGAUGGGCGAGGUGGACGCUGCGCUGUCGGCUAAGCGCGAGUACGUGCGCAACACGGCGUCCAACGUCAACUCGGCCGAAGGCCAGCAGCUGAAGAAGAAGGCCAAGGGCAAGGAGACGGCGUUUGACCCGAAGAAGCCCAAGAAACUGACGAUUUACCUGUCAGAGACGUUCCCGGCAUGGCAGAGCAAGUACCUGGAGCUGCUUAAGGAGAUGUGGGACCCGGCGACUAAGUCGGCCAACGAUAAGGAGCUGAACGCCAAGAUUGGCAAGAUGGGGGAGAUGAAGAAGGCGAUGCCGUUCGUGCAAGGGCUGAAGCGACGCCUGACGAUGGGAGAGCCGGCGUCGGCGGUGCUGGAGCAGAAGCUGGCGUUUGACGAGAAGCAGACGCUGCUGCAGAUGGUGCCGAGUCUGAAGCGCGGCGCGGCGCUGGCGGACAUUGAGAUUCUGGCGGUGGAGGAGGGCGGCAAGAAGGGGACGAGCCUGGUGGAUGGCAAGACGGUGGAGAUUCACAAUGUGCUGGCGGAGAAUGCUGUGCCUGGCAACCCGACGUUUAUGUUUGAGAACAUCGAGGCUUAA